AUGAAGCUCAAGCCCCAGUCACAGCCUUCCGUCAUGUCUAUCACCACACAGAAGCGCAAACGCUACGCGGACGAGCAGACCAACCUGACCCUCACGUCACCAGCUAAGAAGCUCAAAACAUCAACAGAAUGCGCCCCAGUCACCACCGAAAAGCCUAAAACUACCAGUCGCAACACACCCGGCUCCAAAUCCACGCUCAUCCCCCGCGCCCCCCGCAAAAAAGCCACCCUCGGCGUCAAAGACUCAUCCCUCCUCCUCAUGCUCUGCGACAGCAGCACCACCCCUUCCAAAACAACCGAACUCCACUUCCGCAAGAUCCCCCACUCCCUCAUCGACUGGCACAACCCCCACCACAUCUCCCAGAUAAACGCAUGGCGCAACCAGAUUUACGGGCGCGCGGGCCUAAAAGCCCGCUCGGUGAGCCUCUGGUACGAAGCCGAAGAACUGUGGUUCGAGCUCUACUUCCAGCUCUCCAUCGUCGAGGCGCGGAAACGCGGGAUCAUGCUGCCGGGGAGCAGGCAGGUGCGCGAGGCGUUUAAUAAGACGUUUGUGGGGAGUGUGAUCAAGGGGAGGAAUGGAGAGGAUUUGCCGCCGAGGGUGGAGCGCGAGGGAAAUGCGUUUGCGUCGAAGUUUAAUCGUAUGUUUCCGGCGUUGAGGGCGAGGUUGAAUGGGUGUGUUUUGGGGAGAUCGGGGGAUGUGUUUGUGCCGGUUAUUACGUUUGGGAUGGUGGAGAGGUAUAGGGUGAUGAAGGAGAGUUUGGCGAAGAGGGGCAUUGAGGCUGAGUCGGAGUAUGCGGAUGGACUGGAGGAGUGGCGGUGGUUUCUGUCGCAUCUGCCAGAUGUCAAGAUGGAGGCUGAUGUCAAAGAGGAGGAGGUCAGGGAGAUGAAGGCGAAAGAGCUCGAUGCUGUUGUCGCCUUGAUCAGCCUCGCCAACUCGUCAGUUGACUCUAGGUGUGACUAG